AUGUCUUCUUUGCCGCCUCAGCACGUCCAAGUCCUUAUCAUCGGCGGAGGUCCGGCCGGUAGCUACGCCGCUUCCGCGUUGGCGCGCGAGGGCCUUGAGGUCGCCGUCUUAGAGUCGGCGCAAUUCCCGAGAUACCACAUUGGCGAGAGUCUGAUCCCAUCCGUUCGACACUAUUCGAAGUUCAUCGGUGCCCAGGAGAAGCUCAUGCAACAUGGGUUUGCGCCCAAGCCCGGUGCCGCCAUCAAGUUCGCACAGUUCAAGACGGAAGGAUACACCGACUUCACCGCAGCUAGUCCGGACAACAGCUCCUGGAAUGUCGUCCGCUCCGAAUUCGAUCAUAUUCUUCUUGAGCACGCUAGCUCGUGUGGCGCAUCUGUGCACCAACUGACGCGUGUCGACGAGCUUCAGUUCUCUCCUACCGAACCUGACAGGCCGAUAGCCGCUUCAUGGACCUCUUCUCUCCCUGCAGGCGAGUCUCAGACGAAAACCCAGGGCACAACGUCAUUCGACUACAUCAUUGACGCGUCGGGUCGACGUGGCAUCCUCUCUACGACUUACCGCAAAGAUAGACGUAUGGCUGAGAGCCUGAAAAACAUCGCGAUAUGGGGCUACUGGACCGGGACUCGCCACUAUGGCGAGGGUACGUCGCGAGCGGGCGCACCGUGGUUUGAGGGCUUGGACGACAGGUCAGGCUGGGCAUGGCACAUCCCUGUGAACGACGGCACCGUCUCAGUCGGCGUCGUGCUCGCUCAGUCGGCGUACACCGCCAUGUCUCGUUCCCUGCGCGACGACGGCUCGGCUUCCUCCCUCGAAGACAAGUACCGAUCUAUACUCAAACUCGCGCCCGGCCUCAUGAAGAUGCUCGAGAGCGGCACCCUCGUUCCCAAGAAAGGCGCCGGAGAACAAAAGGAAACCAGAGUCAGAAUGGCGAGCGACUUCAGCUACUCUGCCGAAGGCUACGCAGGACCAGGGUACAGAAUCAUUGGCGACGCCGCUGCGUUCAUCGACCCCUUCUUCUCGUCGGGGUGCCAUCUCGCGUUUACGUCUGCUCUGUCCGCUGCAGCCUCGAUCUGCGCCUCGGUACGUGGCGAUUGCACUGAAGCCGAGGCAGUGGCCUGGCAUAGCAAACGCGUUGCAACGAGCUACACUCGCUUCCAGGUCGUCGUGCUCAGCGCAUACAAAGAAAUUCGUGGUGAGAACAUCGACGCAUCGGGCGACGUCGACGUGGAAAGCUUCCAACGUGGCCUCGCUAUCAUCCGUCCCCUGAUCCACGGCGCCUCUGAUGUCGGCACGCGGCUUACAGCCGCAGAAGUGGACCACGCGCUGAACUUCUGCUCCAAGGCCUUCGGACUGACAACUCCCGAGCAGCGUGAAGCCGUCGCGGAGCACUCGGGCUUGCCUGCAUCUGUUUUGGAUGUUAAUGCGCCGGCUGUAAACACGGAUGAAGCUAUGAGGCUCGUUCAGUCCCGCUCGGAGGAGCAAGGAUCUGAAGAGCACCAGGCUACCAACGGACACGUUUUGCCAGGGGAAAAAGAGACAAGACAAGUUGUCGAACACGCAAACGCCCGGCGCGUUAUCCACCAGGAGUGGUCGCUGCACAACUUGGAGGUCGAGGGUGUUGAUGGACGCGCCAUACGGCUCGAGCGGGGCAAUCUGGGGCUGCAGGUGUUGAGCGCCGAAGCUUGA